AACUCUAACGCAAUUGUGAACCCGCCUCAGAAAACCACCAGCAGCUUCACUUCCACUUCGCUGAACUCUCUUUUUUUUGUCUUUUGUCCUGUCUGUCUAUCUGUCCGUCUGAAGAUCUCUGAAACGCCGCAUCAACCGGGAUGUCUCUCCCGCAACAACUGCGCGAUGAAAGUGAUUUCGACCAGCUUCCAGACAACAUUCCGGUCACUGCAACCAUUGCUGAUGUUGAGGAGAAGAAAGGCUUCAUUGUUUACUAUAGGUUUGUGAUUGAGGUGAAGACCAAAGGUGGCAGUAAGUACCUGAUCUACCGGCGAUAUCGGCAGUUCUUUGCUCUGCACCAGAGUCUGGAGCUGAAGUACUCCCCUGAAGCCCAGCCAGGAUACUACACCUGCCAACUACCUGCCCUGCCAGGUAAGGUGUUUAUGGGAAACAAAAAAGAGAUCGCAGAGAGCAGAAUCCCAGAGCUCAAUAAUUACAUGAAGAGGUUGCUGUGUCUGCCUACCUGGAUUCUCUUGGAUGAUCUGAUACGAAUGUUUUUCUAUCAAACAGAGUCAGACAGCCAACAAGUCCCCCGAGCCCUGCGCCGCCUGCGGCCCCCAACACGCAGAGUGAAAACCGUUAAGCCCAAAACAGACCUUCUCUCCGCUCCAAGAGCAGAGGCGGUGUUUGACUUCAGCAGCAGCAGGCGCCUGGAGCUCAGUCUGAAGGCUGGAGACGUGAUCUUCCUCCUGCGGAGAGUCAACACAGACUGGCUGGAGGGCACUGUGAGGGACAGAACCGGCAUCUUUCCGGAGUCGUUCGUGAAGAUUAUUAAACCUCUGCCCGAGAGUGACUCUGAUGAAGAGGGUGGAGCUUCCAAGAAUGGCGAUCAUCCUCAGGGUUCAUACAGCUGCCUGCGCUGCUAUCUGCUGCAGCCAGAGGGCAUCGAUACAAGGGACAUUUGCGUUGAGGAAGAUAUCACAAUUCAGCCGUCCUACAAGGAUCUGCUCUCCCGAAUGAGAGAUGUGUUUCAAGUGGAUGAUAUUGCUUUGAACUAUCGAGAUCCUGAGGGCGAUCUGAUACGGAUAUUAGACAAUGAAGACAUCGCUCUCAUGGUGCAAGAGAGCAAAACGACAGGGUCAAAGGUCAAAAGACCCGUGAAUCAGUUUCCAUGGGAGCUGCUGGUCACACAUGCCAAAGAUCUCUCUGUCUACAACACCGAGUAUUAACAUGAUGAGUGUGUUUGUCUGUGACCUCUUUUUAUGCUCAUGUAAUUUCAGAAUUAUUAUACAGUGUUCAUUGUUUUAUGUUGUUUUCAAAUUGAAAACAUUUUUGUUUAUUAACGUAAUCAGUAUUUCACAGUGGAAGCUAAUGUGGAGCAUAUUUGAUCAAUUUUAGUGCUAAUAAAUAAUGAUUUUACGUAUGAGCAGUACUUUAUAGUCCUUUAACUUGUAUGGUGGUGUAGAUAGUUGUCUAGUAUUCCUGUAAAAAUAUCUAAACAUCGCUAAAACAAGUUAAAUUGACUUCAGAAGCAAAAUGGCAAACAGUUAUUAAGUCUUUUUCUCCCCAGAGAAAUCAAACAAAAUAUAUUGAGGUUUAUGCUUAAAAAGAAAAGAAAAAAAAUGCCAAAUGGAUUAUAAAAAAUAGUUUAUAUUUCUUAUACCCCAUUGGCAAAUAGUUUUUUCUUUUUAUAAGCGUAAACCUCAUUAAAUUGUAUUAUCUUCUCCACAUUGCUUCUCAAGUAAAUGUAUCUUGCUUAAAUAAUAUUUUGAUAUCUUUACUAGAAAACAAGGCAAAAGUAAAAUAAUUUUUUGCAGUGUGAUCCCUUCAAGGUUAAUGAUCAAACUAUAUGAUAUUCUUUCAUUCAUUUUUUGUUUGGUUAUUGAUGUGCCCUCUGAGGGCAUUUGUUUGACCAACUUCCUUCUUUCAGUUUCUUUUUUUGUGCAGAUUUUAAGCAAAAAGAAAAAGUAUUUUCAUAAAUAAAAUUUGACAAUCUUGGGUGGCUUGAUGUGUGGCUCAAAAUAACUUGAGCGACACAAACAAUAUUUGCACAAAUUAUAUGCAUUUUACAAAUAUAUACGUUAUUUUGAUGCUGACAUCUCUCUGCAUGAUUUUAAAUCACAUGUAAUUCAUAUUACACAAACACUUAUGGAACAACAUGAUUGCUGUAUUAAUGUGUUAAAAAAAACGGUGCAUUAAUUUACUGCAUGAACUAACAUUGAACAAAACUUUUUCAACACUUAUUAAUCUUGGUUAAUAUCAAUUUUAACAUACUAAUAUAUAUUUUUUAAGUUGUACAGUAUGUGUUUACAUUAGCAAAGAAUGUUUAGUCUGAGACGGAUCACUUGUAUUAAAAUAAAUGGGAGAAACUGAAGCAUAGUCCAGACUUACAGGUAAAAGAGCCAUCACCUUUUAGAUGCAGACAUCGCCUGUCAAUCAACCCGAGAACGUGCAUGCGCAUUAGCUGAACCAGCCUGAACAUUUUUGUUUUUUAGUGUGAUCUGAGCAAAAGAAGCACAAUUUAUGUACCAUUGUUGUCAGAUUUUACUGCUGCUUUGAAAUAUGUUCUUUGAUCGUAAUCUUGACCAACCGUUUUGGAGAUUACUGUCUUUCCCCAUUCAAGUAGAUAUGAGCUGUACUUUUAUGCCCCUUGUAUCCGUAGAAAAUAGCUGGCCAUUCCAAAGAUGGCUGCAGAGUUGACUGACUUGCCUUAAAAAGGGACUUUGACAUUAGUUAAUGCAUUAGGAUUUUACAAUUUCAUUUUUAUAAAUAAAAAUGAUUUAUAAUCAAGACUAAUAAAUGUUGUAAAAGUAUGAUGCUCAUUGUUAGUUCACGAUACAUGCAUUUACUACACGAAUACAACCUCAUUGUACAGUGUUACCAACAAAAGCCUGAUUAGAUAGAUGUAUCAGUGUGAAGAACGUUCUUAACUGGACUUAGCAACAGCUAAUUAUUAGUUGUGUUGCUAAGGCAAGCAUCAAUAUUAUUAUUGAUCAUACUUUAAGUAAGCAAUACCACCACUUAUUUUCUCACUAGAAAGAGUAAAACUAGUUUUUAUCUAUGCUGUUUUUAUUUAUGGAUGGAUGGAUGGAUGGAUAGAUUCUAAAAUUGGGCAAGGAAACAUAUGGCACAUUGAAAACUGCAAACAAAGCAGUUCUGGCAAAAGUAAACACUUUUGCGGUUGAGUUGGAACAAGUUGAAAUAAGUUCAUAACACUUUAGAUGUCAGUGUGACCAGUAGAGCCGUGGGUAUAAGACACAAGCAAAGGACAGUUGUCACUCAUUCCACAGACACACUGCUGUUUGAUGGUAAGCUCAACUUAUUCUGCUGUUUUCCUUUACGCAUACAGAUGUGUAAAAUAUCUGACUAUCUGACUGUAGGUGUCUUGACUCAACUGUUUAUCUUAUUUACUUUACAUGAUUUUCUUGUUUGUUAGCAUAUGUGCAACGCCAUACAAAGAAUUUACACUCUGAUGCAUGAAUAUUGAAAUCACAAAGGAUUUUUUUUUCUAUUUAUUGUACUUUAGAACAAUUAUAUUGUCAUUAUAAUAUCUAAUAUUUGCUUUAAAAUAACUUUGAAAUAUUUCUACCUGAUCUAACCCUUAUAAGUUACUUUUCUUGGAGAAAUUCAGUGUAGUUGGGGUUGAUUCAGUCAUACAUUAAAUGCUGUUUUAACAUACUGUAAAUAAAACCAGUUCUUGUGUUGCA